AUGGAGGAACAAAACUCAAGAAUCUGCGUGGAUUUGAGUUCAUCAUCGAGCACAUACAUUAGGCCAAGUUCGAGCAUGAUUUCUCCAAAAUCGAACGAUCCACUUGAGAAUCUGCUAAACCUUAAUGAUUUUGAAAUACAAAUCAUUUUAGAUUAUAUCAGUCACGAAACUCAUACCAUCGAAACACAUCCAAACAACGAGGUAAAAGAGUUGGCUGGAAUUCCAAUCAUUUUCAACGAAACCACCCAACCUGAGUCUUCUCCAUCAUCCGCCGUUACUUAUAGCAGCAGGAAUUUCUCAACCGGUGGCGGGAUGACUUCCGACAACAAAGCUCCGGCAAAGGUAAACGAGGGUUUAUCUGAUGUCAUCCAUAAUCAACGACAACCAUCAAUGAUGGGGUACAGAGGAGUAAGACGACGGUCAUGGGGGAAGUUCGGGGCUGAGAUGCGGAAUCCAAAGACAGGCGUGAGGAUGUGUUUAGGGACUUACAAGACGGCUGAGGAAGCUGCCAUGACGUAUGAUCGAGAAGCAUUUAAGCUCCGUGGACGUCGCGCAGUAGUUAACUUCCCGGGUAUCCGUUACAGUCACCGGCAGCUCUCUGAUGCGUCACCGGAGAAGACGAUACCAGCAGAAAGCAACGCCGACUACAUUUUCCGGGCGUCUACGAUAUGCGAGAAUGGGGUGGUUAUUUUGCUGUCCCCAAUGCUUAUAGACAACGUGGUGGAAGUUAGAAGAUGUAACGAUAUGAUCAUGGGAAUCAAGGCAGUGGUUGGAGGGGAGAUGGUGAGCGAUGUGUGUGCUUACGUCCCCAUAGUGGUUUGGGUGAGUUGGAAAAGAGGAAUUUAUGGGAUGUGUUAG